AUGGCGUCCGACGAUGCGGUCGAGGCGUCGCCGACGCCCUUCGAGGACGCCGUGCGCGACGCGCAGACGUCGACGACGCUGAAGAAGCAGCUCGAGGAGCUCGUGGAGAAGGCGAACGGCCUGCUGGAGCAGUCGACCAAGUCGUCCGUCGAGACGGCCCUCGAGAUCUACGACUCGUGCCUGCGCACGCAGCCCCGGGGCGACGUCGUCGUGCCGCUGCUCGUGAACCGGGCCCUGGCCCUCGACGCCCUCGGCAGCCACGCCGAGGCCGCCGAGAGCGCCGAGCUCGCCAGUCGCGCGCUGCCCCCGAACAGCGACCGCGUCGCCGAGCUCGCGGAGCUCGUCGCCCAGUUCCGCGCGGCCGCCCGGGAGAAGGCGGCCCGCAAGCCCGAGGGCCCCGCCUACGACGGCGACGCCGACGCCGCUGUCGCCGCGGCCCAGGCCGACGCCAUCCACGUGCGCCGGAGCCUGCGGCGGCUCCGGUUCUCGACGUACUCGCGCAAGACCGCGUGCCGGGAGAAGGAUCUAGGCAACGGCCGGCUGAAACAAGGCGACCUCGCGGGCGCCGUCGGCCACUACACGCGCGCCAUCGCCCAGGACCCCGACGACGCCGUGCUCUGGAGCAACCGGAGCGCCGCGCUCCUCGCGCUCGACCGCACGCCGGGCGACGGCCCGACGCCGUCGCCGCUCGCGGCGCGCGCCGCGGCCGACGCGUUCGCGGCCAUCGCCGCGGACCCGAGCUGGCCCAAGGGCUACCUGCGCCUGGGCCACGCCAUGGCGGCCAUGGGCAGCGCCCUCGAGGCCAUGGAGGCGUUCCUCAACGGCGCGCAGGUCGCGCGCGUCGCGGCGGCCGGGUGCGGCGCGUCGUCCGACUGCGCGGCGCUCGAGCGCGCGGCCCUCGCCUGCAGGGAGCGGGGCAACGCCCAGGGCCGGACGCUCCAGAGCGGCGCCAUCGCGCGGGGCUUGGACGUCGACGAGGACCGGCUCCACUUCGAGCGCGGCGCGGAGGACGGCGGCAACGGCUCCGUCGCGGGCAGGCACGGCCUCGCGAGCUGCCUCCUGUUCAAGGCCUGGCCGACGGCCGCGUUGCUCGGCCGGCCGCCGCGCGACGUCUCCGUCGCGGGCAACAAGGCGGCGUUCGACGCGCUCGCGCGGGGCUGGGGCGUCGAGGCCGUCGACGACCGGCGGUGGGGCGCGGGCGGCCGGGGCCUGCGGGCGACGCGCGCCUUCUCCGAGGGCGCGACGCUCUUCUCCGAGACGCCGCUGGUCGCCGUGUCGCUGCGCGACGAUCUGUGCGGCUACUGCUGCGGCCCCUGCCGGCCCGCGGACGGCGGGCCCGUGACGAGCCUGUCCCAAUUUUGUUGUCCGGCGUGCGAACGCGACGCGGCGGCGCGCGUAGAAACCCCCGCGGUCCUCGAGCGGCUCAAGUUCGCGCGCUACGAGCUCCAGGCCGAGGGCGGCGUCGCGGCGGCGUCGUUCCACGUGCUCGCGCUCGCCCAGCUCACGCACCGGCCCGAGGACCGCGACGCGCUCGACCUCCUCUGCCGGCCGACGGAUCUCCCGCUCGACGACCUCGCCGCGCGGGACCUCACGGUGCCCUUCGCGGACCGCCACGCCAUGUGCGGCGAGCUCGACCGGUUGCUCCACGGCGACGACGACGACGAGCGCCUCGACGCCGCCCCGGACGCGGACUACGUCGCGCGGCGCCGCGGCGCCGCGGCCGUCGACCUCGGCGACGUCGACGACCGCGUCGGCGCGCUGACCAUGAACGCCUUCGUCUUCGGCCCGACGGGCGAGGCCGUCUGCGUGCCAAGGCUGGGCGCGCUCUGCAACCACGCGCACGACGGCAACGCGGAGCUCCGACCCGGGCCGCGGCGCGGCGAGAUCGCCUUCGUCGCGACGCGCGACAUCGCGCGCGGCGAGGCGAUCACGCUCGACUACUGCCCCUUCUCGGCGACGACGGCGCACCGGGACGCCGUCCUGCGGCCCUUUCUGCUGGAGCACCUGGCGCGCGUGCCCGUCGUCGAGGACGCGCCCGUCGCCUACCCGGACGAGACGAAAACCACGGCGCUCGGCGCCUACGUGCCCAGCGGCAUGACGGCGGAGCAGUACAAGAAGCUCAAGGACAAGGAGAAUGCCGACAAGAAGAAGAAGAACUUCGGCCUCGGCGGCGCCCGCGGCUUCGAGUCGCGGUCCAUGAACUCCUUCGUCAAGGAUUUGGAGGCGGGCAAGGCGAAGCACCUCAUGCCCGUGAACCCCAAGGACGUCGCGUCGGGCAAGAUCGCGUUGAAGGACGUGCCCUACAUGCAGCGCGGCGGCUCCUGGAAGAACACGGACCUCACCAAGGGCAAGAAGGGCUGGAUGACGACGGGCUUCGGCAUGACGGCCUUCAACGACGGCAAGGCCAAGGAGGUCAAGGCCAACAAGUACGACGCGCAGUACAACGGCAAGAAGCCGUCCGUCUCCAUCUGGGGCGACGGCGGCUCGUUGGACUGGACGGGCAAGGGCGCGCGGGGCACGGGCGGCGACACCGUCGGCGCGCGCGCGACGCGCAACGGCAUCUCGAACGACCAGCAGAUGUGGCGCGACGCGGGAGCGCUCGGCAAGAAGGACAUCGCGAAGAUGGCCAAGCGGGGGAGCCAGGCCAACAUCAACAAGCCCGAGAAGAAGUUCUUCGGCCUCUUCUAG